AUGAUGUGUGCGAUUGUAGGCCUUAUUUCGGUCUUCAUAAGGACGCUGUUCGAUUGGAAAGUGGGUGCACUGAGCACGCGCGGCGACGUGACCGUCUGGUGGUGCGCCACCGCCGCCGCGAUGGUGCUGGUGACGGUCACCACGGUGGUGGGCAACGUGGUGGUGAUGGCGGCGCUGUGGCGCGUGCGGCGGGCGCCCUCCCACUACCCCCUCACGAGUUUGGUGGCCGCCGACCUACUCGUGGGGCUGACAGUGCUGCCAAUCGCCACUGGUAGAGAACUCUUCGUGUUCCACUUGGAUUGGAGUUUAUGCUCGUUUUGGAGCACUAUGGAUGUGUUGUGUUGCACGGCGUCCAUCCUGUCCUUAUGCGUGCUGGGCUGGGAGCGGUGGUGCGCCAUCACCGCGCCACUGGCUCGAGACAGACGAGCCAGGCGAGCCCGCCUACUUUCCCUGCUCGUCUGGCCAACGGCCACACUGGUGGCGCUGCCCACAGUCUUCGUGCCGUCACCGUACCACCACAAGCCGGAGGAGCUGGCGAAGGCGUGCACCGUAAACACGAAUAUCGGGUACGUGUUCUUCAGUGUUGCCCUGUCGUUCUACGUGCCGGCAGCGGUCAUGGUGGGUCUCUACACGUGUAUCGUUCGCGCUUUGGCCACCGCGCCUCCCAUCCGCGCCCACAGAGGGCGCACGCCCGCUCCUGAGGUUGGGCAUACGGUGAGCAAUCUAUUA